AUGGAGGCUGAACCCAGAUGUGUCGUUCUUGUUUCUAGUGAAGGAGAGGAAUUUAAAGUGCCUCGGGAGGUGGCUUCUGCUUCCUUGCUAGUUAAAUCCAUGACAGAAGAUGGAGACGACACGGACGUGGUGCCUUUGCCUAAAGUUAGCAGCUACAUAUUGAAGAAAGUUGUGGAGUACUGCACACAUCACCACGACAAUCCCCCUGAAGAUAUACCAACGCCUUUGAAGACCAGCAAUCUCGCCGAGGUUGUGUCUGAGUUUGACUUCAACUUCGUCAAUGUAGAGCAGACGGUGCUUUUUGAUUUGCUGCUGGCAGCAGAUUACCUCAAUAUCCCUUCUCUUCUCCUCCUCACCUCAGCCAAAGUCGCCUCAAUGAUCAAAGGUCGGAGCCCAGAAGAAAUCCGCAGAGAGUUUAAUAUUGUCAACGACUUCACUCCAGAAGAAGAGGCCCAGGCACGUCUGCUGCUGCUGUUGCUGUUGCUGUUGCUGCUGCUGCUGUCGCAGCAGCAGCUUGCAUUAGAGAAGAAAACCGAUGGUGCGAAGACGCCUGAAGAAGCAGCAGCAGCAGCUGCUGCUGCAGCACUCCAUCACAGCAGCAGCAGCAGCAGCAGCGGCAGGUAG